AUGUCUUGUCCUCUCAUUCUCAUCUCCAUCGCCUUAACAAUAACAUUCAGUAAUCAUUCUUUACAGGCAACAAAUCUACCUUUAAGGAUCACUGACAUUAUCCUAUGCAACAACAAUAACAUCUUCUUAAGAUCAGGAUCAUCUGGCGAACUUGAAUGCAGAUUCCGACGAUCAAAACCGAUCCUAGGACAGGAGACAAAAGGUCAUUACGGGGAAUCCAGUGUUUUAUGUCCUGAAAACAAAAAGUGUUCAAGAAACGGGAAAAAUCAGAUAUUAUUCGCACUAAAGAAACAUCCAGGGAGAAAGUCUAAGCGGAUUCUGAAACAAAUUAGAAAAGCAAGACAUGUGCAGUUUCAACACAAGAAGCAAAGUAUAGGACACAAGAUGUUUGUUUCCCGACAUCCAUGGUUUCUUCCUCCAAACCCAUUUGCACCACCACGUUCUAUUUUCCCACCAAACCCUUUUGCACCACCACCUUCGAUUUUCCCACCUAACCCGUUUAAGCCACCGUCUCCUUCUAUUUUCCCUCCAAAUCCGUUUCAUCCACCGCCUCCACCGAGAUUUCCUCCAUUAUUUCCUCAGCCUCCUCAUCCUCCUCCUCCGUCGAUAUUCCCUCCAAUAUUUCAUCAGCCUCCGCCUCCAUCGUUUUUCCCUCCAAACCCAUUUCAGCCUAGGCCUCCCCCCACUCCUCAUCCAUCGUUAUUCCCUCCAAUGUUUCCUCCGCCUCCGCAUCAUACUGCUCCAGCUCCUCCUCCCUCGUUCUUCCCUCCAAACCCAUUUCAGCCUCAUCCUCCUCAUCCUCCUGCUCCUCCUCCUCCAUCAUUAUUCCCUCCAAUAUUUUCUCCGCCUCCAGCUGCUCCACCUCCUCCACGACCAAUGUUUCCUCCAAACCCAUUUAAGCCACGGACUCCUCAGUCUUCUCCCGCUCCUCCUCCACCACUAUUCCCUCCAAUCAUUCCUCAGCCUUCUCCAGUUUCCCCUCCUCCUCGAUCAUUUUUCCCUCCAAAUCCAUUUCAGCCUCGUCCUCCUCAGCUUCCUCCAGCUCCUCCUCCAUCGUUUUUCCCUCCUAUAUUUCCUCCACCUCCUGUUGCACCAGUUCCAUCUCCUCCAUCGUUUUUCCCACCAAACCCAUUUAAGCCUCGUCCUCCUCUUCCCAGUACUCCUCCACCUCGCUCUCUAUUUCCUCCACUGCCGCCUAUCUUUCCAGGUCUGCAUCCUCCUCCACCACCACCUCCUCCUCCUCCCUCUCACUCUUUUUUUCCAAUUCCGCCAUUCCCAUUCUUUCCACCACCUCGUAACCCUGGCCCUCCUACUACUCCAUCUUUUUCAGAAGAUAAACAACAUACUUAA